GCCCAUAUCUUGAACAAGGGGAUUUCUUUGCAAUCGUAUUUAUAUUCCACGGAAUUCAUACAUACUUACCAGUCUGGCCACGUGACGCAGACACCAUACACCACAGUAAUAUUCAUGAGCAUGGGCAACACGCAAUCGACGGUGCGCUAUCUCGCGCCCGCCUCUUUCAUUUACGACUUUGCAGCGCAGCAGUAUGGCAUUUUCUCGACUCCCAACAUGUUGGAUAUUCACAACCGGAAUCUGGCAGCUUUCUCACCAUACCCCUACUUCAUCGGCGCCUUCUUUUUCCCCCAGCAAAUCUUCCAGCUGGCGUGGCUGUGGAAGCUGUGGAAGCAGGAUGGAAACGAGCAGGAGCGUGCCAUGAUGAAUAAGUUUGCGUGGUGUUAUAGUUUGGGCAACGUUUGUAUCGGAACUUGGAUGUUCUUCUGGAAUGCGAAUGACCUUGCGACUUCGAACAUCUUUGUGAUUAUCAACACACUGGCACAGGUGACCUACAUCUCGACGAUGCUGGAGCCGCUGGAUACACGAUCGACGCCCAACUUUCUCACACAUAUUGUUGCAAAGACAUUUGCUGGUAUUGGUGUGCUGGACCUGUUGCACAACACAUCAGCCGCAUACUAUGUUGGUGUCGAGCCCAGCUCGCUCGUGCAGGUCGCGACGGGCAUUGGUUUCGCUGCUGCAGCAAGCGUGAGCGACUGGAUCUUUGGCGGCUGUCUGGUAUACGAUCUCGUUGCACUGUCUGUAGGACAAGAAGGCAGCUGGUCAAGGUUGCUUGGCGGAUACGCAGCCAUGACAGCGGGUAUUGUGGGCUUCAGGAACUUCUUCUAUCCUCGAUGGAAGGGCCAAACGCAAGGCGGAUACUCGAAGAUCGGAAAUGGCGGUGAUGAUGCUUAGACAUGGGAGAGUCACGCGGACUGAGGGGGGGUUGCAGUACUUGACGAUUCGAUCCGAUCCGAUCCUAGGACAUGUCAUGUGUAGAUUAGUUGCUGUAAUCAUAUAAGC